UCCGGAUUAAAGGGAAGCGGCAGCGAGGAAGUUCCCAUCUUGGGCAAUGGGCUGAUGAGGCUGGGGGGCGUGGCCGUUUUUCUGCUUUGGUGGGUCGGAGCGCAAAACUUCCGAAGUGAGCGGUGUGGCGCUUCCUUGUCGGCGAGUGUAUGUUGAAUCAGAAAUGAGCAACUCCAUAACACCUUCUACCUUUGUACGCUCCCUUGGCUAUGGAAUGAUGAGACAACUGGCAGAUUUCAUUGAUCCACAAGAAGGUUGGAAGAAAUUAGCUGUAGAUAUAACAGAUUCAUCUGGUGCAAAACGGUAUAACCAAAUUCAUAUAAGGCGAUUUGAAGCAUUAAAACAAGUAGGAAAAAGUCCCACCUGUGAAUUACUUUAUGACUGGGGGACCUUAAACUGUACAGUUAGUGAUUUGGUGGAUCUCCUCAUCAGAAAUCAGUUCUUGGCACCAGCAAGUCUUUUGAUUCCAGAUUCUCUAAGCAUGACAAAAGACAUGACAGUGUCUCUACCCUUACCGGAAACUGUACUCCUAAAUAAAAAAGAACCUCUUGUAGGAGUCAAGGAAAUGCCAGCUGAAUUGCCACUCUUGGUUCCAAAUAAUGGCCACCUAAGGUCAAGUUGUUGUGAUCUGAGUUCAGAAAAGACGUGCAAUCAUCUCAAUGAUACAGGAUUGAAAAGCUUCUUGUUUCUUGAGCUGAAAAGUAUUACAAAUAACUUUGAUGACCGAACUGUGUCAGCUGGUGGCCACAAGAUUGGUGAAGGAGGCUUUGGAGUGGUUUACAAAGGAUGCAUCAAUGGCCAAACAGUGGCAGUGAAAAAACUUACAGCUUUGGCUGAUGUAAGUAUCGAAGACCUGAAAAAGCAGUUUGAGCAAGAAAUAAAAAUUAUGGCAAAAUGUCAACAUAAGAACUUAGUAGAACUGCUUGGUUUCUCAAAUGAUUUUGAUCAGCCUUGCUUAGUGUAUGAUUAUAUGCCCAAAGGCUCCUUGCUUGAUAGAUUAGCUUGUCUGGACAACACUUCACCAAUACCUUGGGAAACUAGAUGCGACAUUGCUUACGGUGCAUCAAAUGGAAUCUCUUUCCUGCAUGAAAAUAACCACAUUCACCGAGAUGUUAAAAGUGCGAAUAUCUUGUUAACUGAAACAUUUGUGCCAAAACUUUCUGACUUUGGGCUUGCAAGGGCAUCGGUAAGAUUCACACAUACUAUUCUAACAGAUAGAAUUGUUGGAACAGCAGCCUAUAUGGCUCCAGAGGCUUUGAGAGGGGAGAUAACUCCCAAAUCAGAUAUCUUCAGUUUUGGUGUGGUAUUACUGGAAAUAAUAACUGGGCUUAUUCCUGUGGAUGAAAAUCGGGAUCCCCAGUUACUGCUAACCAUCAAAGAGGAAAUUGAAGAUGAAGAAAAGACUAUUGAAGAUUAUGUUGAUAAAAAAAUCAGCAACUGGAAUAUCGCAUCAAUUGAAAAGAUGUAUUCACUUGCUUCCCAGUGUCUGCAUGAGAAGAAGAACCGGAGGCCAGAUAUUGAAAGGGUCAAACAACAUUUGGAAGAAAUGUUGAUUGAAUGAGAUCACUUCUGUAUCUUGACUUGGUGUUUAAACAAACCUGUUUUUAUAUUCUGACUUGAAUAUGUGUUCCUCUGUGAUGGUUAUUCAGUGUUUUUUAAAUAAAUGCAAUAAGGUUUGUGGCCCUUCCUUUUGUUUUCUUAGAUUUAAUAAGGAAGUAUUUCUUAAAAUGCUGAGAUUACUAACAGAAACUAUCAUAAAUCAGGACUACAGUAUAGUGAUAAAAAUGUAUUAUUCAGUAAAAACAAGAUGACAUCUGAAACAAAGUUCCUAUGGUCACAUUAUCUUGUCUUUUUUAAUCAUGUAUGUUUCUAUUUUAAAACCAAAUAU